AUGGCUUCUAGAGUUGCUGAUCAACAACAAGUGAGAGGUAUGGCAGUGGUCGGAGCAGGAGUUAAGCCACAGAAGAAGGCUGUGGUCGAUGGGAGAAACCGAAAACCACUGGGUGAGAUUGGUAAUCAGCAAGCUGUUAGGGGAAUUGAGGUCAAGCCUAAUCGCCCCAUAACAAGGAACUUCCGGGCUCAAUUACUGGCUAAUGCACAGGCUGCAGCAGCUAAUGAGAACAACAAGAAGCAAGUUUGUGUGAAUGUUAAUGGAGGUGCUGCUGUUCUUGAUGAACUUGUGCCAGUUAGGAGGGCUGAGGCACCCAAGCCAGUGCAGAAGAAACUUGUUAUUGUCAAGCCAAAACCCAAGGAAGUAAUUGAAAUCAGCCCGGACAAAGAGGAAGGCUUGAUUGAAAAAGCCAAGCCUGAGAAGAAGAAAGAAGGAGCUUCAAAGAAGAAAGCAGCACCAACUCUCACUUCAGUGCUUACUGCUAGAAGCAAGGCUGCUUGUGGUUUGACUAAUAAACCAAAGGAAGUGAUUGUUGAUAUUGAUGCCAAAGAUGUUGGUAAUGACUUGGCUGCUGUUGAAUAUGUGGAGGACAUGUACAAGUUCUAUAAGCUUGUUGAGCAUGAGAACCGCCCACAUGACUAUAUGGACUCACAGCCUGAGAUCAACGAGAACAUGAGAGCAAUUUUGAUGGACUGGCUGGUUGUUGUUCACAGAAAAUUCGAGCUUUCUCCAGAGGCAUUCUACCUAACUGUGAACAUAAUUGAUCGGUUCCUUUCGGUCAAGACUGUGCCAAGAAGAGAUUUACAAUUAGUUGGCAUCAGUGCCAUGCUAAUUGCCUCAAAGUAUGAAGAGAUCUGGCCCCCUCAGGUGGAUGACUUUGUUAGCCUUUCGGACAAUGCUUACAGUAAUGUGCAGAUCUUGGUAAUGGAGAAAAUGAUACUGGGCAAGUUGGAGUGGACCUUGACUGUUCCUACACUCUAUGUGUUCCUGGUCCGGUUCAUUAAAGCUGCAAUUUCAGAUGAACAAAUGGAAAACUUGGUCUACUAUCUAGCUGAAUUGGGUAUGAUGCAUUAUGGCAUACUUAUGUACUGCCCUUCUAUGAUUGCUGCAUCUGCAGUCUAUGCUGCUAAAUGCACUCUGAACAAGAGCCCUGCUUGGUGUGACACGCUCAAGCUUCACACUGGUUUCUCUGAAGAGCAACUAAUUGAUUGUUCCAAAGUGUUGGUGAGCUUGCAAGCAAAGGCUGCGAGAAACAAGCUUCAGGGUGUGUACAAGAAGUACUCGAGUUCUGAGAAAAGUGCUGUGGCUUUGCUGACUCCUGCCAAACUGCUUUUGCCACCAGCCACAGCUUCAGGAGGAUCUUCAUAA